AGGGCCAACCCAAGCGCUCCCUCCCCUCCUUUCGGGAACCAACCCGGCCGCGCGCGCGCACACACUCCCUCACGAGCUCGGUUACAAAAGUCGCCCGGAUGGCGGCGCCCCGGCAGCCGGCGUAGCUGGGUCUCCCCUCGCUGCUCUCCUUCCUCCCUUCUCCACCCAUCCCUUUCCCUCCCCGUCUCCUCCCCUCCUUCCAUAAAGCUGCCUGUGGCUCGCCGUGGGAAGAGAGAGAGAGAGACUGAGAGGGAGAAAGGAGCAAGCGGCGGGAGGAGGCUGUGCUCGACCUCUGGUCUCCUCACAUCGCCUCUCUUCCUUCUUUAAACUUUCCUCCUCUUGACCGGCCUCGCCGUCCCCCUCCUGCCUUUCCUCCCGCCUCCCUUUGGCACUUGUGGGAAACCGGGAAGAUGGCUCCUGGCCUUGGCUGGGGGCUCUUCCUCGCCUUCGGCCUGACCCUCGGACAGAUCUGGGUCGCCAGCCCCGUCUCGGCGGAAGGGCCUUUCCCGUCGGCUACCACGGAAAUGACAAAGGAGAGGAUAAAGCGGUGGGUGGAUAAGAUGCAAGAAGACCUAGUGAGGCUGGUGAGAACAGCGAGUGGGGUGGAUGAACUUGCUAAAAUAUAUCAGGAAAAGAGAGACUUAUACACCAUAGAAGCCAAUAAUGCACAGCAGCUGGUGGAAAGUGCAGCCCGUGAUAUUGAAAAACUCCUUAGUAACAGAUCAACAGCUCUGGUGCGUCUCGCUGAAGCAGCAGAAAGAUUUCAGAAAGAACAUCAGUGGCAGGAUGAAUUUGCGGCUAAUGAUAUUGUUUACUACAAUGCAAAGGAUGAGCUCAAUGAGUAUGGAAGAAAUGAGAGUGAUCUUGGCAUGCAGAGAAUCAAACCAGUAUUUGAAGAGGAUCCUGUUUUUGGCCGGCAAACAUCCUACCAGCAUGCUGCAGUCCACAUACCAACGGAUAUAUAUGAUGGCUCUACAAUAGUAUUGAAUGAAUUGAACUGGACAGGUGCCUUAGAUGAAGUUUUCAAAAAGAAUAGAGAGGAGGAUCAAUCCUUACUUUGGCAAGUUUUUGGCAGUGCAACUGGCCUGGCAAGAUAUUACCCAGCAUCCCCAUGGGUGGACAAAAGUCGUACUCAGAACAAGAUUGACCUUUAUGAUGUCCGUAGAAGACCAUGGUAUAUCCAAGGGGCUGCAUCUCCCAAAGACAUGCUCAUUCUAGUUGAUGCGAGUGGCAGUGUUAGUGGACUGACACUGAAGUUAAUCCGAACAUCUGUCAUUGAAAUGUUAGAGACCUUGUCCGAUGAUGAUUUUGUGAAUGUAGUUUCGUUCAAUGAAAAUGCUCAGAAUGUCAGUUGUUUCAACCAUCUUGUACAAGCGAAUGUAAGAAACAAGAAGAAGUUAAAAGAAGCUGUUUACAAAAUCCAAGCAAAAGGAAUCACUGAUUACAAAAAAGGCUUUAGUUAUGCCUUUGAACAGCUGCUAAAUCACAAUCACAGUGUCUUCAGAGCCAACUGCAACAAGAUUAUAAUGUUAUUCACUGAUGGUGGAGAAGAAAAAGCACAAGAGAUCUUUGAUAAAUACAACGUGGAAAAAAAAGUCCGUGUAUUUACAUUUUCUGUAGGUCAGCACAAUUACGACAAGGGACCCAUACAAUGGAUGGCCUGUGCAAAUAAAGGUUACUAUUAUGAAAUUCCUUCCAUUGGUGCCAUAAGAAUAAACACACAGGAAUACUUGGAUGUUUUAGGGAGACCCAUGGUUUUGGCUGGGAAAAAAGCCAAACAAGUCCAGUGGACCAAUGUUUACUUGGAUGCACUGGAACUUGGUUUAGUCAUUUCCGGAACUUUGCCUGUCUUCAAUUUGACAGUAGACCAAAACAACAGACAGAACCAACUCAUACUUGGAGUAAUGGGAGUUGAUGUGUCACUAGAAGAAAUAAAAAAGCUGACCCCACGAUUUACAUUAUGUCCGAAUGGUUAUUAUUUUGCAAUUGACCCCAAUGGUUACGUGUUGCUUCAUCCAAAUCUUCAACCAAAGCACAUUGGUGUGGGCAUUCCCAAAAUUAGAAAGAGGAGACCCUACGUCCAGAAUCCCAAAUCGCAGGAGCCAGUGACACUGGAUUUUCUGGAUGCAGAGCUAGAAAAUGAUAUUAAAGUUGAGAUUCGGAAAAAAAUGAUAGAUGGAGAAAGCGGGUAUCGGACAUUUAGAACACUGGUGAAAUCUCAGGAUGAGCGCUACAUUGACAAAGGAAACAGAACAUACACAUGGACGGCUGUAAACGGUACUGAUUACAGCUUGGCCUUGGUAUUACCAUCCUACAGCUUUUACUAUAUUAAAGCCAACCUAAAUGAAGCACUACUUCAGGCUAGAUUUACUGAAACUCUGAAGCUAGAUCGCUUUGAUGAAUUUGGAUAUACAUUUUUAGCACCAAGAGAAUAUUGUGGUCCUGUGAAAUUAACUGACAACAACACAGCAUUUCUUCUGAAUUUCAGUGAAUAUAUUGAUAGGUAUACACCACAAAGUACUUUGUGCAAUGAUAUGGUUAUGAGAGCUUUGCUGGAUGCAGGAUUUACAAGUGAACUUGUUCAGAAUUACUGGAGUAAGCAGGACCCUGAGGGAAUUACAGCACGUUUUGUAGUUACUGAUGGAGGAAUCACAAGAGUGUAUCCUAAAAGUGCAGGUGAAUAUUGGACAGAAAAUGCUGAAACAUAUGAACAGAGUUUCUACAAAAGAAGCUUGGAUAAUGAAAACUAUGUCUUCACAGCUCCCUUCUAUAACAGAAGCAUAUAUGAAGACGGUAUUAUGGUAAGCAAGGCUGUGCAAAUAGAUAUCAAUGGAAAACUUCUAAAGCCUGCAGUUGUCGGAGUGAAAAUAAAUGUAUCCACCUGGAUGGACAAUUUCACCAAGAUCACUACAAAGAAUCAAAUUCAGUGCAAAAGUGAACUGUGUGGAUGUGAAAAAAAUAGUGUGCAUGUUGACUGUGUAAUCCUUGAUGACGGGGGAUUUCUUUUGAUGUCAAAUCAGGAUGAUUAUAUUCCAGAGAUUGGAAAAUUCUUUGGUGAGAUUGAUCCAGGCCUGAUGCGCAAUCUCAUUAAUAUGUCCUUAUAUGCCUUCAACAAGUCUUAUGAUUAUCAGUCUCAGUGUGAUCCAGAAGAAGAGCCAAGGCAAGGAGCUGGACUCCGCUCUGUAACAGUGCCUACAAUAGCAGAGAUUUUACACCUGGGGUGGUGGGCUUCUGCAGCUGCAUGGUCUAUAUUGCAGCAGCUCUUUUUGGGCCUGACAUUUCCACGUCUUCUUGGUGCAGUGGAAGUAGAAGAUGAAGACCUGAGUGCCAGCCCAUCAAAACAGAGCUGCAUAACUGUACAAACACAGUAUUUCUUUGGAAAUGACGAUAAGUCAUUUAAUGGUAUCUUAGACUGUAUAAACUGCUCCAGACUUUUUCAUGCAGAGAAAAUUUCCAAUACAAAUUUAGUAUUCAUAAUGAGUGACAGCAAAGAUAUGUGCUCUCAUUGCGAUGCCAGGCCACUGAUGCAAGCUGAAAAGCCAGAUGAAGGACCUAACCCCUGUGAAAUGGUGAAACAACCCAGAUAUAGGAAAGGACCAGAUGUCUGCUUUGAUAAUGAUGCUAAAGAUCAGCCUAUAUGCACAACGAGUCGUGCCUCUGCCAUGAUGUCCGCUCCUCUCUUCAUUUUUCUGCAAGUUUUCAUGUGGUGUGGAUGGAAGAUUCAACAGACUGUGGUGGGGUCUCUGGCCUGAGCCCAUCACUAUGGUCUAUGGUAGGAAUCCAGUUUAUCCUGCUCUGGCUGUUAUCCGGCAGUAGACAUUGUCAGUUAUGACCCUGUUGAAACCAAAACCUGCGUAACAAAGAAGCCUACCAUUUCAUUUGGAAAAAAGGGGGGUCAUUCUCUUCAGACAACAGAUAAAUGGCAGUGUCCAUAAAGUGAUAUCCUUUUUUGGAAUAACUCUGAAGGCACCCACCGUGGCUGCAUGUUGGCGUGUCAGAUCCGUAGAUGUGUGUGAAUGCUGCAUCAUCUAGGCCAUUGGAACUGAGUUCUAUUUGUGCUUCAUUGAGGAAUUUUGUGCUUUUGAAGACUUUUAUGUGAAAAGGGCUCCCCUUUAAAAGAUUACACAAUUUCUAUUUAUUUGAUCUUAAUUUUGAAUGUGUUCCAUUCUUUAUUCUUUACAUGUAAUGGUUUUUUUAAGGGUGGCGGAAAUCCUAUCAUUUCCUUAGCCCUCUUAUUGAGAGUACUGGUAUUUCAUGCUUCCUUUCAAUCUUAUAUCUGUGUUUCUUAGAUAUCCUUUCAAUCUUAGUUAUGUCUAGAUCACAGACUUCAGUUUCUAAAAGAAUAAUUUCAUUCUGGCUAGCCCAGGGGUUUCCUAGUGUGUGGGGUUGGUUGGGCACAUUCAGAAUUUUGCGGAAGUAUUAUUGACCUCAUCACAAAAUGGUUGUCAUGCGUGGCCAGCUACAAAGCUAUUCAUUUCAAAGAAGGGUGAAUGAACUUAAAAACAAAUACUUCUGGUUGUAAUGGUGGUAUGUCUGAGAACCAAAAAAGUAGAGCAUAUCUGCAAACUCAUUCAUUGGAAGGUUACCCCAAAUAGUGUUUCCUUAAACACCCUCUAAGCUCAUAAACAACCAGGCCUCCUUUUUCUUUCACCCUCAAUUUCAAAUUUAACAGGCAUGAGGGUCCAAGUGCUAUGGAGCCAAGUGCUACCCUCCAACUGUCAUCUGCAUUUUCUGCAAAUGCCUGUGUAUCUAUGUGGAGCCCAGAGGGGCAUUCUGGAGAAGUGAUGAUGGAGACUGGUGCUUAGCUUUGCAAGACAUGGAAGCUGCCAGGUUUCAAAAAGCUUUAAAACUAAGGGAGACUUCAGGGUGCUCUGUGGGCACCAAGAGACCUUGCAAGUUUUUGCAUUGGGGUCUCCAGGGCUAGCCAGCUACAGAGAUUCUCUGAAACAUUAAAUGCCUUAUCCUGAGUGAUCGUUUUUCUCCUCUCUGCAAAUUACGACAAAUGGGCAAACAGCUAAGUUUGAGUAGGUUCGUGAUAUUUUUGUGUGUGUUAAUUUUUAUAUUGCAAUGAGAAAAAGAAAAAGAGAAACAGCAUAAUUUAUCAAUGGAAAGUUUGUUGAGAAAGUCAUGCUUCAGCAGGAAAAAUUGUGUUCAUCCCAAUCUUGGUAUCUGUUCUCUACUGCACAAUUGUCAAUGUCCAUGUCAUGGUCUCUGUCCUCAGAACAGUUCCUUAUCACUAGCCAAGUUGUCCAAAAUGUUCAAACACAAAGUUUGUGAGUAAAAAAAAAUGUCUUUGUGAAUAUUGAACAUUGGUUGCCAAGGGUAUUUUGCAUGAUGAUGAAGUUGCUGCUUUGCUGUCUCUUUCAGUUUGGUUAUUUUCUCCCUUUUCCUUAAGACGGUAGAUUAUAGUUUAUUUCAAAGGUAACUGAGUGAUUGUUUUGUUGUGUGAGAAACCAAAUAUUGCAAUGUGAUGCCAUUUUAAUCUUAAGUGAUAUACUGUUAAAACAGAUAUCUGAAUAUACUGUGCUAUGUAAAAGCUGAAAAGGAAUACGGUACAUUUAGUUGUCUGCACAAAUGAGAAGAUAUGGAUUUUAUGCCAGUGAAAAGAAAUGCCAGAAAUGGUGUCUACAGAUAUUUUAAGUAAAUGAAAUCAAAUUAUAGCCAUUUCUUUUUGAAGAGUAUAUAUGCUCAAAUUUGUACCUCAUGGAUUUUGUUGCUGUUGUUUCUUUCCAUAACAAUUAGUUACUAUAUAAUUAUAAAACAUCUGACCCCUCUAUUUUUUUAGUAAAAAAAAUAGCAAGCUGGAAAACCCAGAAUUUACUGAAAUGAUAUCAAAACCUGAAGAAAUGGGGAGCCUUGAAUCUAUAUGUAUGUACAGUGAUACUUGACUGUGAAUAAUAAUAAAAACAUGUUUUAUAUAAACCUA